AUGUGUGCCAAACAAACGCUCAAACGGAAGGCGAACGCAGCCGCGACGCGGGCCGCCGAGGCCAAAAAGCUGAAAGAAGCGCCGAAAGAAGAAGUCGUCGAAGUUCCCAUCAAGGUGGCCAAGGCGGAGAAGAAGGAAAAGACCAAGAAAGGCGACAAAAACGAGAAGAAGAUCAGUGCCGGCGGCGGGAAAACGGUCAAGAAGUCGAAAAGCGCCUCGCGUACCCUUUGGGUCAUCAAAAUCAAGUCCUUGCCCUAUGGAUUCUUCGAAGAUGUGUGUAUUGAUUUUCUUAAAGCUUUCUCAUGGCUCCAAAUUUAUGAGCAAAACUGAAUUUUAUGCGAAAAAAAUCCAAAAUGUGAAUUAUUUCAAUGAGAACUGUGAAUGGGCGUGCAGUGGGAAAUCAAUUUCAUCAAAUGAUUUUUUUUUUUUGAAGUUUUUGAGCUCAUUUUGUCAGAGCAUUUUUUUAAUAGUACGUUACAGUGAUUUUUCAAAAAAAUUGUACUAGGUUUUUCAACAUCUUAUAAUUUUAUAUUUUAUGCAAUCUCAAAGAAUAUUUAUUAUAAGGGGGAUCGGAACUUGAGAAUUUUGGACUUUUGGCUGAUAGUUAUUGGAAAGUAUCAAGAAACGCAUCUUUUUUAUAAAAAUCUAGAUAAAAUAGCUUGAGAAACUAUAAGAAUUGAUUUGAAAAUAUGAACAAAUUCAGAAAAAGCAGCCAAUUUUGAUUAUAUGAGUUUUUUCAGCAACUCAGCGAAUAUUUCCGUCAAUUUGGCACCGUUGUACGAGUUCGUGUGGCGCGCAGCAGAAAGGUAGGGUUUUCUUCAACUUUUGGGCAAAGUGGCUUGGAAUCAAGAAUCAAGUUGAUAUGCUUCUUUCUACACUGGUUAAUCGGGAGGUCGAUACAAGUAGGUACCGGGUGUAGCUGAUUCACAGCUGGCUUGAGCCAUCGAGAAAAGGGUCCUGCCACGAAAAGAGACGAGACAGUGCCCUGGUUGGUGGAGAGUGCAGACAGGCCACGAAUUUUUGCGUCCCAAGCUACCCGUGAAUCUUCUAUAGCAACUCAACUCAAUCGGUGGUCAUUUUUGUGCGACCGGGUACUAUCUCUAUGGUACCUGGAUAAUACCGGAGAGGUAUCUGGAAGCUACCGGGUAGGUACCCGAAAUUCGCGAUUGCUACUGGCUGGCACAUCGUUUAUAUACCAUCAGUGUUUUUUCACACCUUCCCAAGUCUUCCAGGGUCUUAUUGGAUAAAGCUGAAAUAAAAAAUAACGACCCGGGAAGCAAAUCCAGACUUUCCUGUAUAGUCAAUGUUUCCCGACUUGAAAGGCGAAGGAGGCGUGGCGAGGGGCGGGACGCGUAGCGUGUGCGUUCGCGGUUCUUGGCAGGAGUUCAAUUUUAUCGCCGCCGACUAUUUAAAAAGUCGGCAAUCGCUCUUUUUCUAUAUUUUCUACUAUUAUUUGAUGCACACAUAAAUCAAUAAAUAAUCAAAAAAGAAGUGAAAAGAGCGAUAAAUAAGCUUUCUGAAUGCUCGCUGGCGGUAAAAUUGAUCACGUGCCAAGAACCGCGUACGCACACGCUACGCGUCCCGCCCCUUGCUUCGCCUCCCUCCCCUUUCAAGUCGGGAAACAUUGACUAUAGCAAUCGCGAAUGCAUCCAGAUACCGACCACAUACUAUAGAGAUAGUACCCGGUCGCAUACAAACGACCACCGAUUACCAUACGCCGAUUGACUUUUUCAAUAGUUGCUACCCGGUUGCUAUUUGUAUCGACUUCAAUUCACCUUUGUUUGAAAAAAAAUCAGUUGUAAUUUUUGUUUAUUUCGUUUUCCCAUCGAGUCUCCGUCAAUUUUUCAAACUAGGCAACGUUUCUUGCUGAAAAUAGCAACUAGCAUCUCGUAUCAGAUACGUUUCAAGGAGAAGAUUAAAUGAGAAAUGAAGAAUAAUCAACGAUUAGUUGAAAUUUUCGUUAUCCAUCAUAUCAUUUCUUCUUUUUUGCUUCACUUCAAGUGUCGAAUAUAUUGUCACGUAAAUAAAUUUUUACGAAAUAUAUUGAAACGCCUUCAAAUCCGUAACUAUUUUUCAAUCGAUAUUGUUCCCGAAUGCCCCCCCUCCCCCUCCCCAGGCAGACAUGUUCCAGUUAUUUUUUUAGUUUUCGUUGAUCUGGCGGUUUACUAUGUGGUGGGGGGGCGAUUCUAGAAUGGUGGGAAGGGGGGGGGGUUUCUUUUUUUCUUUUCUAGAAUCGCCCCCUCCCCACAGUGCCCAAGUGGGGGACGAUUCUAGAAUGGGGGUGAUUCUGUAGUGUGGGGGGGCUGAUCCAUACAAGGCUUGCCAUGCUUAUUCUAAAGUUGGGUGGGGGACAAUUCUUGAAGAUUGCCUAGGCAUUCUAGAAUCGUCCUGCACUUAGCGCUGGGAGGGGCAAAUCUAGAAUAAGGUAUAGCCCCCCGCCAAAAAGCCUUCGAUUUUACACCCACCAGUCCAAAAAAAGCCUUGGUGGGGGGCUUGUUCGGAGGUGAGAGGGGGGAGAGCGAUUCUGGAACUUUCUCGUACUAUAAGACCUCCUCUUUCCAGAACACGAAUAAAAUCCCUCGAAAUUAGAUCUAGUUUCCUAGUUCGAAAGCUUAAAAAAGCGCCUUUUAGUCAUAAUUUUGGUGUCUUGCAAAGUUUGAAACUUCAUAAAUCGAAAAAAAAGUACCUUAUGAGAACCACUAGGUCUCAAAAUACAAUUCAGUGAAAUUUCAUCAAAAAAUCAACCGGGCACCAUAGAAACGUUCCAUAGUAAGGUUGUUCUGAUUUUUCUUUUUUUAAUAUUCAAGUUUAUUUUUUCGGUUCAGACGGGGAACCACAAAGGCUGGGCCUACGUCGGCUUCGACAACAAGGACGUUGCGGAAAUCGCCGCCGAAACGAUGAACGGAUAUCUGAUGUUCAACCAUCGUCUUCGAGUUUAUGUACUGAAUUUGGCUCUUUUCAUGAUUUUCCUAUGUUUUUGAAGGAUUUUUGGGUUUUCCAAAGACAUUUUGGAAAAAAAUUGCUUCUUUUCAGGGUAUUUUGAAGUUUUUCCCAAGCUCUGGGAAGAAAAUAAUUUAUUUUUAGCGAUUUUUCAUGAGUUCUGUGAAGAUAUUAUGUCUAGAGAUUUGAAAUUUACUUAGAAAACAACUAUUUUUUGAUUUUUUUUUUUGAAUGAUUUUUCCAAGUUCUAUGAAAAAGAUUUUUAGAAGAAAACUUUUUUUUAGUUCAUUUUGAUAAUUUUAUUUGAUUUUCUGAAGAAAAUCAUGUGUACAGAUUCUAAGGAAUUUGAGAGGAAAUAAUUUUUUUUUCUCAGUGUUUUUUUGUAAAAUUUUUUUAAGUCCUGGAAAGAAUUAUGGAGGAAAUCCUUUCUUAGAUCAUUUUGAAGAUUUUCUCAAGUUCUGUAAGGAAAUUCUAGAAAAUUACAGAGAGAAUCAUGUUUUUAGAUCAUUUUUGAAGGUUUUUUUCCAAGUUCUACGGUGAUUGAAAAUCACGAGGAAACUUUUUUUCAACGUUUUUUUCCGGUGAUUCUCGAUAAAAUCAAGAAAGCGUAAAAAUUGAAGUUGAAUAGAUAUAUUUACUGAAAAUGGCACUUAAAAACUUGAAUCGAAUACGUUUCAAGGUGAAGAUUAAAUGAGAAAUGAAGAAUAACCGACGAUCAGUCGAAAUUUCGUUUUCAUACUUUCAUUUCUUUCUUUUAAGCCCUAAAAAGAUAUUUAAAUGUCAUGGAACUAUUUCUAAUAAAUUUUCACUUUUUAUUUUAAAGCUUCAAACUGUUUCAGUCGAUAUGAUUUUUCAUUCAGAAAAUGCGAUUUUUUUUUUCAAAGUUUCGUUACAAACAGCCCCUCGAGAUGAAGAAAAGGGGGUCCCUAUAGGGGUUUUUUCUCUGAUUUCUUAGCCCACUAAACCUCAAGUGGUCCCUAGAGGGGUCUUCCAAUUUCAUUCAAAAAACGCUUAUUUAUUCAGUUUUUCCCAUGGAAGCUCUUCUUCGCUUAGAGUUCAUAACAAUCAUCGACUAUAAUUUCCCCUAUAGGGACCACUUCUUCAAGCUUUAAUGGCCCCUAUAAUGGUUGGUAGAGUGGUUCCUAAAGAGGACCCUCCAAACGCCCUAAAAUCGCCCCUAUAGGGACCACUUCUUCAAGCUUUAGUGGCCCCUACAUGGGUUGGUAAAGUGAUUCCUAGAAAGGACCCUCCAAGAGUCCCUAAGGUUACCCCUAUAGGGACCAUUCUGGAAUUCCUAAGUGUAGCAUUCAUCUUUUUGUUUGAGGUAAAAUUUCAAGGAUAUUUUCAGGUGAUGAAACCAUCAACGAUCCCGAAAUCGAUGCGCAGCGGCCCGAUGAUAGUUUCGAGGCCGGCGGCCCACGGAUUGGCCAAGAAAGACGCCGUCCAACGGAACAACAACACGAAAGAUCACACUGUUCGUGAUUUUCACUAUUUUUUGUGAGGAAAAAUGAUUUUUGUAGUGGGAAAGUUAUGUAAAACUUGAUGAAAAGUUGAAAAAUCUUUCGAUUCGUUAAGCUCUUUUAACUAGCUUUGAAUUUAUGAGGGAAUUUUUGAGUAAAUAUAAAAUUUAAGGUUCUGAGUGUAAACUGUUCUUUAAGAAUUUCAUAGAAAACUAUUUUUACAAUUUAUAAGUCGGAAGGGUCGAAAAAGGCUCCAUUUUUGCUACCCUUUUGCGCCUUUUUUGCUGCCUCACCCCUUUUCCACCAUUUCUUGAGCCUUUAAAAUCCAAGGUUCGAUAAAGGGACCCUUUUUGCUGUCUUUUUGCAACCUUUUUUGAUCCUUUUAGCAACCAAUAUCCGACUUUGUCCGAGCUUUUUUUUUCUGGCGAAACAAAGCUUUUUCCUGUUAUUUUACAAUGGAAAUUAGAAAAACUAAAAGUUUAUGAGUACUUUGAUAUUUUUUUCCUGCAGGCUCAAAAAUUUGGAAAGUUCAUUCGAGAUCAAACUGAAAUCUUGUCAUUUUUCAACCUUUUUCAAGGAAUUUUCAAAGUUUUAGUCAACUCUAUAGCUUUUUUUCAAACGAUCAAAGUGUUAUUCCCUCCGUUAAUUGAACAAUUAGGCGGUUAUUAACUCUAUUUUUCUCUCAGGGAAAGCGGCAGAACAAGCUGAAAAAGUCGCUGGAAAGCCUGAGGGCGAUGGGAAUCGACUACGAUCUCCCGAUGGAGGGCGAGAAGCCGCCGAUCGUCGAAUCGGAGUCGGAAGAUGAUGAAGAAGAGCAUGAGGAUGAGGAGAGCGAGCAGGAGGUCGAGGAGGAGGAGCCGGAGAUCGUAGUCGAAGAGCCGAAAAAAGAAGAGACUCCCAAACAGAAGACGCCCAAGCAAAAGACGCCCAAGCAGAAAACGCCGGUCGUUGAAGGUGAGUUUCGAGAAAGGAAGUUACGAAAUUAUCGAUGGAUCUGUUUGAAAAUGUUAAAAGUUACGUUUUUGCAGUGCCAGAAGUGACGGAAGCGAAGGAUUUGAAGAAGAAGACGGCGAAGACGCCGUCGCGACCGACGCGAUCGCCGCGGGUUCCGCGAAACGCCGCCCUCGAAGCCGUCAAGAAGCUGGCGACGCCGGCGAGACGUAAGUUUUGCGAAAUGAUGAUGGGAAAUGCAAAAUGUGGUGUUAAAUGAUAAGGAUCACAAAAAGUUCUGAUUUUUUGAUUAUAGCUGAUUCACGGCUGGCUUGAGCCAUCGAAAAAAGGUCUUGACACGAUAAAAAAGAGAUAGCGGCUGUUUGGAGGAGAGCGCAGACAGGCUACGCCCCUUUAGCGUUAUAAGCUACCCGGCUAAAGUACUAAAAAUCCGGAAAAGACUGGGAAAUUUCAAGACUUCUGAUUAAACUUGAUGGGAAAUGCAAAAUGUGAUGAUGGGAAAUGCAUGCAGCGAAAAGGCUCAAUCUCUGCCAUCGGCCUUUGGAAAGCCGGCACCGUAUUUCUUCCUACGACCUCUCUUGUACCUGAUGUUCUACGAGCGAAAUUCACAACUUCUCUGCCUAAGCCACAGCUCCUGCCGCCGUUUAAAAACACAGUCAAAUCAAUGAAAGUCGAUUGCACAUGUACUCUUACAUUGAAGAUGCAAUAAACAGUUUUUUUUUUUUAACAGAUUAAACUUCACACUCUGUGGUCUGUUCAGAAAAUCUUGACUUUUUGAACUUUUAUAUUCGAAAGGGAAAGUUCCAGAAGGUACCAAAGCGUUUAGAUCACUUCUUAAGGGAAAUUUGGAAUUCAAAAGCAGGUGAACGAGUCAAAAAUAACGUUAUAGCAUUGAUACCCUUCCUUUUGAUCAAACAUUAAACUUUUCCCAAGUAAAAAAUCAACUUCUCCUCUUCAGAAACACCCGCGAGAAAAGCUAAAGGAGUCGAGGAGAAUGUCAUCCAAAAAACGUUGAAAAAAGUCGAGACGGCACUGAAAAACGCGCCGCCAGAAGUGAUCGAAACGCCGGUUUCGAAGAAAAAGUCCCGAAAAUAA